GCUCAGCGCAUGCGCACGCCUUUCUGCGUACCCUGUGUAGGCUGUCGUCGUUUCCUUCAGUGGGUCCCCUUGUCUGUUGGCGUUUCGUUCUUGCUGCUCGCGAGCUUUCUUCUUCCAUCUCCCCACCGUUCGGAGACUGCGCCAUGGCGGACUCUCGCGUCAGGCAGAUAAAGAUAAAAACGGGCGUAGUAAAGCGAUUGGCAAAAGAAAAGGUUAUGUAUGAAAAAGAAGCAAAGCAGCAAGAAGAAAAGAUUGAGAAAAUGAAAGCUGAAGAUAAAGAUGACUAUGGAAUUAAAAAGCAGACUGAGGUCUUACAAGAAUCUCGAAUGAUGAUUCCAGAUUGCCAACGCAGAUUAGAGGCUGCUCAUGCAGAUCUUGCUCAGCUAUUAGAAAAUGAAAAAGAUUUGGAAGAAGCUGAAGAAUAUAAAGAAGCACGUUCUGUACUGGAGUCAGUAAAAUUAGUAGCCUAAAUUUAUUUUUCACUUCUUCAUUUAUGCCUUGGUAUUGGGUCCAUUGCCACACUCUGCUAACGUUUGGCCACUGCUGUAUUACUUCAAAUAGUAGUGUUAAAAAUAAUGACUUGCUAAAAUGAUCUGUUACACACUGGCUUGAAGAUUUGUUGAAUAAAUGAUGUUAUGUGCUUGUCCGUUUUGUGUACUGGUAUUACACCUCUACUUGACAGAUUUUGAGUGUUUACAUCUUUGAUCUGAAGCCUGUUUGCCUGACUAGGAGUGGAAUCAUCACAUCCAUUUGGUUUAUUAAACUUUUCAAGAGUUGUUUAGGAAGCAUUGAGCCAGUCCUCACAUGCCUACUCCCAGAAACAUCGUAAAUGUAUUGCAUAAUAUGAGGUAUGGGGCUUAUUGUGCAUAUGUAUGCCUGGUUCUAUUUGAACUGGAAGAAUUGUAGACAUGCAUUCAUGCUAAAUAAAUAAAUAAAUAUUA